AUAUAUAAAAGCAUCUAGUUAAAGCCCAGCUUCUCCUUACUCUGGUUUGUGCCGAUUAAAGUGCAUUAAAAUUGUGUCAUACUAAUAGCAAUAGCAUUAUUGUCAUCCCACAGAUGCAAAGCCCAGAGUCACACUGAUCCAGAAUCCCAUACACAAUGUGAUGCAUACUGGAGAUUCAGUUUCCUUUAGCUGUCACAUUAAUGUCUCUUCUGGAUGGGAGUACCUGUGGUACAAAGAUGGCAGUCCCCUUGCCGUAUCUGGAAACAAUCACACCAUCAGUUCUGUUGUGAGAACAAACACUGGAUCAUAUCAAUGCAGAGUUAAAAGAGGAAGUAAUACAGUCUUCUUCUCAGACCAGAGUCAGGCUGUGAGACUUGACAUCGAGGAACGCCCAUUAGCAGAUAUAAUUCUCGUAACUGGGUGGUCUGAGGUCUUCUCUACUGACAGCUUGGUACUCAAAUGUAGGGUGCAAGAAAGCCAACACAUAUGGAACUACACAUGGUUUAAAGAGGGGCAACCAAUCAAUCUGCUCUCUGAAAAACAUACAGUCACACCGGAGGAUGACCCAGAGCAGAGCAAGUACUCCUGCCAGGGCAUUCGCACAGGAAGACCUUCUUACUCAAAAACCAGUGAUUUGUUCAAGACCAAGAACCUUCUUUUGAAGAGGAGGGUGCUUCUUUCCAUCUCUGGCUGUAUCUUCUUUGGCAUCAUUGCCAUUUUCAUUGGAUGCAUUGUCCUCAGAGUCAUCCGCAAACCAGGUAAUGGUGAAGACAAGCCAGAGGAGGCAGAGCUGUUUCUCACCAUGGCUCAGCUAAAGGACCAUGAUAAUGCACCCUGUCCAGUGGUUCAGUACAUCACAGAUGCAGAAUUGAAUGCUUCAUCUAAAAAAGAAGCAGACGAGAAUGGCACGAUUUCCGGCGACACAACGCCGUUACCAAUAUCCUCGCAGGAGGACCAAGCCAUGACGAGUGAGAACCAUGAUACAACAGAAAACAAUGGUGGACUGGUUUCCUUUAAACAAUGAGUCGCUGAAGCUCUAUUUGCAUCAGUUUAGCAGAAAAUAAUAAGUCUAUAGACUUACUACAGCACGGUGAGGCUUUAAUGGGCAUUACAAACAACAUUUUUGACGUAUUAAGACUGGAGAGAGAAUCGCGCUACUGUGCGAUCCUUACCACCAGCGGGCUAUCAAAUUUAAAGUUCUGCCUUGCAUUGCUAAACAAAGGUUGAGAAAAUUCAUUAAGAUUCUUCCUCUGGGGACUGUAAAUGUUUGUACCAAAUUUGAUGGGAAUUAGGAUAUUGCACCCUGAACCAACAGACUGGCUGACGUUGCCAUAUAAAUGUGUACACAUUUGUUCUGCACUGAACAUUACUUGAUAGCACAAUACUGUUAGAACUGUAUUCAAAUCAUUGUAUUGAUGAUAAAGGAACUGUUCAAAUAUGAAACAUUACUUAUGUGAGCAGCAUCAAUCAUGUAUAUGGUUAGUUUUUAUUGUUAGCUAUUAUUAUAUGCAUUGUACAUAAGUAUUGAUCUGCAGGAGAUGUUAUUAAUCCUCAAGCAAA